GAUUUCUUUACCAUCGACCAUCUCCCCACCACCUUCAUAAUUUUGGGGUUUUCUGCAGUUAAUCGCAUUUUUAACGCUGCAAGUAGCGCUACUCAGUUACACAAAUUAGCCUAACCCCUCUGCGCAGAGGGCUGAACGCGCACGACACGUCCGCACCUUUUCACCAGAUCAGAACCCCGGCUGGUCCUCAACGCUUUAAUUGACGACAUUCGAUUUUAAUCUACGAAACCAUGGACGUUAUCCCUUCGCAGAUAUCGGCCGAUGAAGCCGUGCGCAGGUCCGCAAAGAGAACAGCUGAGCUUUUCGGCCCCGAUUAUCUCAUGGUCACACCUUCAGCCGCUGAUGGCUCGAUCGGUCUUUCAUACAGACGCAAGGCAGAAUACCAAGAUGUGAAGGAAUUACCACCGGUGCUGGCGGAAAAGCAGGCCAAGGCUGCUGCUACUGGGCGCGCGAAGCGCCCCAAGAUUCAAGCCCAAGGCCAGGCACGCGCCGAUCAAAGUGGUUCUUCGAUGUCCCUUGUGAAGAAGGCUCCUGGCCCAACUCCCGGUGGUAUUGGCGGUGAAAAUGAACCAAAGAGUCUUAUCCAGAGACCUUCGGCGACAAAACAGCAGAGACCCGACUGGCACGCGCCAUGGAAGCUGAUGAGAGUGAUUUCGGGACACUUGGGAUGGGUACGAAGUUUGGCGGUGGAACCGAACAACGAAUGGUUUGCUAGUGGUGCUGGUGAUCGGACUAUUAAAAUCUGGAAUCUUGCAACAGGUGCUCUGCGCCUGACUCUCACAGGUCACAUCUCUACUGUUAGAGGAUUGGCCGUGUCUCCCCGACACCCUUACCUUUUUUCAUGCGGAGAAGACAAAAUGGUCAAGUGUUGGGAUCUGGAAACAAACAAGGUCAUCCGUCACUACCACGGCCAUCUUAGCGGAGUUUAUACGCUUGCCCUCCAUCCCCGACUCGAUCUCUUAGUCACUGGUGGUCGGGAUGGUGUCGCUCGAGUCUGGGAUAUGCGAACAAGAAGCAAUGUCCAUGUUCUGACUGGCCACAAAGGUACAGUCGCCGACAUUCAAUGCCAGGAAGCCGACCCGCAGAUUAUCUCCGGUUCCUUGGAUGCAACAGUCCGCAUGUGGGAUCUUGCUGCCGGAAAGUCCAUGGGUGUCUUGACCCAUCACAAGAAGGGUGUACGGAACCUCACCACCCACCCCCGGGAGUUCACCUUUGCCAGUGCCAGUACCGGCAGCAUCAAGCAGUGGAAGUGUCCCGAGGGAGACUUUAUGCAAAACUUCGAAGGCCACAACGCCGUUAUCAACUCGCUCUCCGUCAACGAAGACAAUGUGCUCUUCUCUGGUGGCGACAAUGGCUCCAUGUCGUUCUGGGACUGGAAAACCGGUUACCGCUUCCAGUCUAUUGACACCAUGGCACAGUCCGGUUCGUUGGAUGCCGAAGCUGGUAUCAUGGCUUCUACUUUUGAUCGGACCGGCUUGCGUCUGCUUACCGGAGAGGCCGACAAGACCAUCAAGGUCUGGAAACAAGAUGAGGAUGCAACACCAGAAACGCAUCCUGUCACUUGGGCUCCUACCCUUGGACGACAGAGAUAUUAGAUUGAUUGUCCAGUAUCAUCCUUAUACCCCGUCAUGGUUUUGGUGUCUGAAUGUACGAGUCGGGAAUUUCUUUUUUUCUUUAUUACGCACUAUAUGGAGUUCAGCGUUGUUUUUCGAACUUUUGUAACUGUCAUCUUAUAAUGACUUUGGUUAGGACUUGUCUUUAUGGGACGGG